UGAAAAUAGAGCGUUUUUUGUUCGUCGAAACCCAUGUAACCCCUUAAUACCAGCGUACAUUUUUUGUAGCGGCUUAGAGGACCUAGACACUUAUGGAGAAAACUAAAAUGAUUUUUUUCACAUUUAUAAAACAGUAACGGAUCGGAAUUACGACUAAGUCAAAGUAUAUAGUACUAUAGACUCAGCAGUAUUUCGGUAUUUGCGUAUAAAUUUUAGACUCUUCUUCCAAACACAGCAAAUAAAAAUAAAAAUUAAAGUUUUCUUUAAUUUGAAUUUAAAAAUUGGUUGACCUAAGUCGCCAAAAAUUUCAAAAUGCAUUCAACAGUCACAAAAAUUAUGUCAACUCACUCACUUGAGCAGAGAAUUAUUAUUUUUUUGUUAAAAGGGUAUUUGCAUUACAAAAGCAACUCGGCAAUUGGUUUAUGUGCCAGGCAUUAGACAAUCGCAUAAAACGGUGCGCUUGGCCUCGCUGCACUUUUAGUGCAUUUUCAACAUUCGACCAACGAGUACUUUGGCGCUGUGCGGAAAACGCGUUUAUUCAAGCAUUAAAUUACAAACAAAAUAGAAAGCGAGCCAUAUAAUGCCCACAAAAUCGGUGCACAAGUGGAUGUCGGACGAAAUGGCGCGUCUGUCAACGAAGCUCGCACGCUACAAGCCAAGCUGCAACGGUUACAACCGAAUACAGCCGGUGCUGCUGUCGCGCAGCGUUACGCAGAUGCUAAACAACCCAUUGCCAGUGGAGGAUCAAAUCGGCAGCACCAUAACAGCGGCGGCGAGUCAACAGCAGCCGCAACAGAAACAACAACCGCAAGGACACGGUCGCACCAAAGGUGUUUUGAGUCGCUCGGAAGCCGAAUGGGAAGAGGUCUAUCCGACAGUGCAGUUCGGCCGUAGUGAGCAUUGUGAAGUCAAUGGCAAGAAGGCGGAACGUAAAUUCGCUUACUAUCGCAAUUGUUCGACAAGGAUAAUUUAGGAACGAGCAGCAUAUGCUGGAUAUGCAUUUAUAUAUAUAAUACAUAUGUAUUUAUGUAUGUAUGUGUGUAGUUAGAGCAAUGCGUUUUUAGCACUGCCGCUUUUCAUUGUAUAUGAUCUUUGCUCUUUAAUAUUUAGUAUUAGUUUUUGCAAUGUAGAAUUUUUGCAAAAAGAAUUCAUUUAUAAUUAAAUGUUGAAAAUUGCUGUGUUAAUUAUAAAAAAAAAAUAAGAAAACAAAUAUAAAAAAUAAAAGAAAUUUCAUAAGUUUAAUAUUAUGAAAUAAAUAAUAAAAAUAGAUAUUAAUAUAAAUACAAUAUUAAAAGUAGCUGCGAGCCUGUUGGGUUAUGUUUUAACUUCGUGUUAGGUUUCCAAAAGGUAUUUACAAUAUUUUGUUAUUUGCACGCGGUUGUAGUUAGAGAAUAUGGGUAAAGACCUAUUUUAUUUUCCGCUGCUGUUUGAACUAUCAACUCACAUAAAUACCGUAUUAUUUAGUAUGGGUUUCUUUCUUUCGGUAAGGUAAAAUUUUAGUUUUAGUCAUUAUAACACUGUACGGCCAAAUCGACAUUUUUUAUAUUGGUAUUGGUUUAAACCAACUUUUUUUCGUGAAAUAGGUUUCAAUCUCAAGGUCAAAAUCGGUCCAAAUAGCAGCGGUCAUUAUAUCUUAUACUCCAUGAAAUGAGAGGAAAACAUAGCUCGUGCCCAUAUAUUUAUUUUUUUAGGAACUAAUAUACUGUUUUGAAUAAUGAUGUUUUCAAUAAGCUUAAUUUCGAAAGUUGAAGGCAAAUAUUUCGUUUUGGCGGUUAACAAAACGAAAAAAAAAACAAAAAAAUUAAUUUUAACUAGGAUUCAAUAUCUCAAAAAAAAAAACAUUGGUUGGUACAAUACCCAGCCGAAUAUUAUACGCUUUAAUUAUUGGUACAUCAAAUAUGUUUUUUUUUUUUUUGAAAAUCAAGGAAAUUAUAAACAGAAUACAAAACAGACCCAACCAAUUCAGCAAUUAUAAUAUUUGUUAAGUAAAAAAAAAAGAUAGAAAGGAAUAUAUAGGCAAAACAAGAAAACGCAUUAACUUUCUCUGCACUAAAGCUAUAAUACACUUCACAGGUGCGUUUUUUUAUAGCAUUUAAGAGUAUACAAAUAUCUUUAACUUGAUUUUGAACGAUCAGUUUGUAUGGCAGCUAUAUGUUAUAGUCGUGCGAUCUGAACAAUUUCUUUGGAGAUUAUAGAGUUACCUUAGGCAAUAAUCCAUGCCAAAUUUCGUGAAGAUUUCUUGUCAAAUAAAAAGAAUUCCAUACAAGAACUUGAUUUUGAUCGGUGAGUUUGUAUGGCAGCUAUAUAUUGUAGUUGUCGAUAUCCGGUGAUUCCGCCAAACGAGGACCUUUUUGGUGAGAAUAGGACGUUUGCAAAAUUUCAGAACCAUAUCUCAAAACCCAAGGGUUUGCGGAUAUAAAAACGGGCAGAUAGACAGACAGGCGGACAGACAAACCGUUCCCACGACAGUGGGGUCUACGUAACCGGAACGGACCCGGAUUUAUACCGGCCAGGGACUGUCAACUCGGCAGAAUUCUGCAGCUACAACAACAACAACAACAGGCGGAUAUGUCUAAAUCAACUCAGCUACUCACGCUGAUCAUUUAUUUAUAUGUGUAGUAUGUAUGUUAUAGGGUCUUCGAUGUAUAAAUAAUAUUACAUAUGUAUAUACAUUAGAUAUAAAUAAAUGAUCAGAUGAUAUAUGCAGCACUGGUCUGGGUAUAAAAAUAAUAGUCGAUGAUAGAAAAUUUAGCUGAAUUGUAAUGUGAUUAUGGUAGCGGAUCGCGUAAAAUGCCGACUAAAAAGCAAAGGAAUAUUUGGAAAACCAUUUACUUGCCCUUAAGAGAGGAAAUCAUUGCUAACUAGAUCGAGCAAAAUACAGAUUUAAACUUUUCACAAAAGUUUUAGUCGAGAAAGCCGACAAACAUAGCUUUUUAUGAGAGUAUAUCUAGUAAGUAUAGAAUGAAACGGCGAAGAAAUAUGUCAAAAGAUCUUUUUAGAAAAGUAUUAGCUAAUAAGUGUUGAAAAGCAAAAAAA